AUGUCCAAAAACGAAAAGAAGCUACUAAAUGAAGUGAUCCACGCAGCCCUGAACGCCAUUUUGGAAAAGAAUGACGAUUACUCGUCCUAUCUGAACUGCUUACCGAAAGAUAUAUCAAUCCCAAAUUACAGAUAUUUGGAGGACAUCUACGAUGCGCUUAAAGCAGCAAGUGUUUCAGAUCGUAAGACGAAUACUUUGUGUUGUUGUAUUGGCGAAAAACAAAAAAAAGUCGAUCCUGACCAGUUCAUCAUCGAGCUCGGCGAAGAGGUGGCUAUUCACUGCAUCGCUGGGAAAGUCCUACGCGCUCUUAAAUCCCUGGGAGCUGAUUUCGGAUCGUUUUUAACCACUUUGGACGGCGUACUUGAAGUACUGAAGGAUGAAGGGGAUCUCGCCUUCCACUCUCAGUGCACCGAGUGUAACGACGACAGCCCGACACUAGUUUUGGACUGGACGCUCGAAGAUGGGACAAGGGCCCAGCUUGUACUGGGAGCUUUGAAAGCCCUGGCCCAACUGUUGUAUUCAACCGAUGCUGACAUAACCCUACAACAAGACCCUUUCGACCGUCAACAUUUCGUAUAUACAGUUAAAUACAAGUCGAAGCCCUCCGAGCAGCCGGACAAGGAUUCCGAAGACAUCGUCACCGAAAGACACAAAUGUUCCUCGUUGUCCACGUUGCCGUCGGAUUUGCCGAUCGGUGUGGUCACGUUCUGCAAAGCCUUUCCGUGGCAUUUCAUCGUCGACCAAGAACUCAACAUCGUACAACUGGGGACCGGAUUCAUGAGACUCUUCGGGCACAAGCUGGACGAAAUGGGAACCAACGUCCAAUCCUAUUUUGAAUUUCUGCGGCCGAUAGACCUCGAGGUGUCCUACACCGGGAUAAUCAGCCGGUCGAAUUCACCCUUUGUCUUAGGGAUCAGGCUACCAGGAGAACUCAGCUUAUCAUUGACUCAGGGACUGGAGCUGAAGGGACAAAUGGUGCCGUGUUACGAGUCGGAGAGCCUGCUUUACAUCGGUUCACCUUGCCUCGACGGCCUGGACAGUUUGAACGCAAGGGGGCUGUUCAUAAGCGACAUCCCUCUCCACGAUGCUACCAGGGACGUCAUACUCGUCGGAGAGCAGGCCAGGGCACAGGACGGGCUCAGAAGAAGAAUGGACAAGCUGAAAAAUUCCAUAGAAGAGGCGAGCUGCGCUGUAAAACAGGAAAGGGAGAAAAACGUUAGCCUCCUACACCUCAUUUUCCCACCAGAUAUCGCCAAACGCCUCUGGCUAGGGGAGAGUAUCGAGGCGAAAACUCACGAUAACGUCACGAUGCUCUUCAGCGACAUUGUCGGUUUUACUUCAAUCUGCUCCACCGCAACACCUUUCAUGGUGAUCAAUAUGCUCCAGUGUCUCUACAAUCAGUUUGACAUUUUUUGCGGUAAAUUGGACGUUUACAAGGUCGAGACUAUAGGAGAUGCAUACUGUGUGGCCGCUGGAUUGCACCGGUCGAGCGAUUACCACGCUCAGCAGAUCGCCUGGAUGGCUCUGCAGAUGAUGGAUAAAUGCAAAAACCACUCAACGCAUGACGGAAAACCUAUCAUGAUGAGAAUCGGGAUCCACAGUGGAAGCGUUUUGGCCGGAGUCGUCGGUGUAAAAAUGCCAAGAUACUGCCUGUUCGGGCACAACGUCACCAUCGCCAAUAAAUUUGAGUCCGGAUCCGAACCUUUGUUCAUCAACGUUAGCCCUACAACUUACAAGUUGUUGCAAGCUUCAAAAGGGUUCCAGUUUGAGGAACGCCCUAGGCAGUGUCUCCCCAAAGGGUUUCCAUCCAAUAUACCUGGAACGUGUCAUUUUCUCCUCGGCUAUGCGAACGAAUCCGUGCCUGCCGGGGCUCCACUCUCCGAGCACGUCCACAAAGGGAUGGAAGACAUCGGACUGCAUAUGUUGAACGUCGAAGACGACGCCGUACAUUUAGAUUAUUAAAUUGUUCAAUAGUUUGUAAUCUAAAGCCGAAAGGCUUCUAAGAAAAAUGUUGAUUGGGCCGUUUUUAUUUUAUUUAUUUUCUACGAGCUUACAAUUAGAUUCUAAAACAGAGGCUCGUUUCAAACGGUUCUAUAUAUUUUGAGUACGUUUUCAACACUAUGGCUUUAUAAAUACAGGCGGCUUUUCUAAGUAGACAACUUUCUGAACUGCUACUAUGAUACCUUUUUGCGCAAAUUUUAUGUCCGGUGGUUUCUCAUCCAAUAUAAAAUAGAAAAAAAAACAUUUGAUGUUAAAUGUUUAAAUGUAAUUAUAUUAGAAAGGAUAGGAAUAAAAAAACAUGUACCAGUUCAAACCUUUGUAGUUUCACUAAAUGGUAGCAGAAAAUGCUAUGUAGAGGAUUGAUGGUCCAAUAAUUGUAGUAAAAAUAAUCGCAGUGGUGAUAGAAACAUAGCCAAAGAUAUUAUUUACUAUAUGUAGGCAUUACAGCAGUAGUAUAAAUAAAUGUGAUAUAUACAGGGUGUCAAGUUACUAGUCUUUGGUUUUCUCAAAAACGUCUC